AUGAGAGUUUUUUGGGUUGUACUUUGUUACUUGCAUACUUUGGUCGAAAGAGUAAAUAUAAAAAUACAAUUUAUUAGUCUACUCCCAAAUAUAAAAAAUUAUCCUGCUACUUACUUUUUUGAUUAUUCAAAGAUAGAAUGGAAUAGAAAACUAGCUGAGGUAUCUACGUACACAGAUGAUAAUAUUGUAAAUACAUUAGGUACUAAUAUUAAAGAAGUAGAACAUCAAUAUAAUAGAGGUGAAAUAAAUAUCCCUGAAGGUGUAGUAGGGCAUGGAUAUGAAAGUGUAAGAGAAAUAUUUCCUGAAUUAGUUGAUGAAUUAGUUCUGUGGAAUUAUGAUAAAGAACUGAAAAAAGAAAAGGAAUUAUAUAAAACUACUUAUAAUGUAUUAAAAACAUUUGAGCAUGAAGUAAACGUAUAUAAUAAUGAUUCACUUCGAAGUAUGAACACAAUAUUACGUUCAUUAUAUAAAUCUAUAUCAUAUAAUGAUAUAAGGUUAUUACGAUUAAUCUGUGGAAACAAUAUGGACUUAAAUAUUAAUACUAAUGGACAAAUAAUGGUUAAUGGUAAAUCUGUUUCAGAUUAUUUAACUAACAUUUCUUUUGAAACUAAUAUAGAAUUUGUUCCAGAUGAUAUAAAAUCAAGUAUAAAUAAAAAAGUUACUCUAAACCAUGGAAAGUUAUUACAUUUAACUUCUGAACUUAUAAAAUUACAAAGAUAUAUUAAAUAUUUACAUUUGAUUGUUGUUAGAAUGCCUUUAGUUUAUUUUCGAAGUGCUAAUAACUUUUUACUUAUGUUUCAAAUUAAUGCAAUGUUAAUACUUGAAGAAAGACUAAAUAACGUAUUAUAUUUGAAUUAUUUAGAACAAUUAAGUUUAGGAAGAAAUUAUUAUACUCUUAAUAUUGAUACCUUGCUUUUUUUAAUUAAUGAUAUGCUUAGAAUAACAAAAUCGACUAUAGAUUCAGAAGUGCAUAGAUCUUUUGUGAAGUUAAAUAAAGCUCUUAAUGGUGAUUUGAAAUGUUUAUUAGCUAUAUUUUUAUAUAUAUUUAAUGAGGCAAUGUCAGAAAAUAAAAAAUCUAUGCAAACGUUAGAAGGAGAAACACAAGAUGAUAUAAAUAAUCAUCCUAUUUUAUUAAAUGUGAAUAAAAUAUUAUUAGAUGAACAAAACAACAUUAAACUAUUAAAAGACAAAUUUCAAAUGUAUGUAAAAAAUGUAUUUAAUUUUGAUAUUAAUGAACCUAGUAUAAGAAAUCUGCAACAAAAAUUAUAUGAAUUCAGAAAAACAGAAAUUAUGAAUCUAUUUUAUAUUACGGCUCAUCAAAUAAUUACAUUGAAACAAAUAACUAAAUAUAAAAAUUUUAUGGAAGAUUUAAAAAAAAAAGGACAACAACGUAGAUCGUUAUAUAGGAGAUUCAUUGAUAGAUUUAUGCUUCCACAAUAUUCUGGACUUUUAACAUUUCAUACAGAUGAAUAUGAUUUAUUCUUAAGUGAUUUUUUGCGUAUAAGAGAAGAAGGAAAUAUUCAUUUUAAUCUCUUAGGGGGAAAUAAAACCUUAAGAACCUUGUCAAAAUUAUGUCUUUUUGAAAUAAACAAAUUAAAAAUUAUUAAUAAAUUAUAUUUUGAAUUAAUGGAAGCAAUUGAUAUCUUACAUGAUGUCUCAAUAGAAGAUCGAAAUGAAAAAAUUUAUAGUAAAAAAAAAAUUAUAUUUUAUUUAUAUAUAAUUAAAAAAUUCAAUGACAGAUGGGUAUAG